ACUACAAUUGUCAAUAAGAAGGUUUUAAUUUGAGUGCUAGUUUAUAUCACAUCAACCGACACCACAAACCAUUAAUAAAAAAAAUGUAAUAGUCUGUCUCAGUUUAUGGGAAAUCCAAAAACACUUCUACGAUGCAGAUUCUUUCACAACACUUGGCCGCAUAAAUGCCUUUGAUCUCCUCCAUAUGUUAAUAUUACAAAAAUGACAUUGUUAUUAGCAUAGUAAGAUUGGCGUUUACAUUGCUUAUGCGUUUACAUGAUUGCAUUACUCUCUGGAGUGAAAAUUCGAGUACAAUCUAUUUAUCUUACUCUUUUUUUUUUUUUUUUUUUUUUUUUUUUUGGGUCAUUUCUAUUGCCUUUGGAAUAUGUUCCUUCUUUGCUGCUAUGUCAAACUCUAGCAAAGAUAGAAAAAUUCGUUAAAUCUUAUUAUUUUUUAGUACAGAUCAAUUGUGGAUGUGAAACUUUGGAGAUCCUUAAACAUGAUUUUGUUAUCUUUUUGUAAUGGAAAAAUAUUCUGAUAAAACAAAGAUUCAAACUAAGGAAAAAAUCACAAUUCGAAUUUUGGUAUAAGAUUUAGUAGAUUGCUCUAUGUUAGAUUGAACUAUAACUGUUGAGUAAAUUGUAAAGUUAUAUAAUUUUAGUGGUAUCUCUAGAAAGAUGAAAUGCCACAUAUAGACAUCUAUGAUUCAUAUCAUGUCUCUUUACACCAUAUAAUUUAAUUGCUUCUGGUACGCCUUUUCUUCUAGAAAUUUUUAUGACGUUGAUCUUAAAUCGACAUUUGUUUACUGUAGGUCAAAGAUAUGAUGGACCUUCACUCUGUACAUAUGGAAUAUUUAACACAUUCGCUUGACAUAUGUUUCCUGUCUGAUGAAACACGAUCUAUAGCUCGCAUCAUUGAAAGCAUUCUGCAGUGUGCUCUUGACUUCAGGUCUUGUCUGACUGGGGGAUUGUGGGAUGUUGGAACAGCUGAAGCGAAUACAAUGGGAAGGCUUUCUGGAAUAAAUAUAUCCCAGGUGAUUGCAACAAAACAAACAUUUGACAAGAAUAUGAAGGAACUGCACCUCUGCUACCUCAAGUCACCUAAACAUGGGGAGUUUGGACUCUCAUUUUUGGGAAUACCUUAACUACAACGAAUAUUACUCAGACGUCGGUAAUGAAAUGGCCUUCUCAGUCUAAAGCUCCGUGACAUGAAUUUGGAACCUUCCGAUCAUGCGUGAAGCAGCCCCAUUGAUUACAGUGAUCGAGGAUUGUAAUCUCUCAAAGAUUCAGACUAGAUGAUAUCUCCAACUGAUGUGUAAAAUAUUUCAGAAUUCGUAUAAUUCCGGAGGCUUUGAGGUAGCAGAUUCAGCAAGGCCGUAUAAAUUUCUGUAGUUGCAAGUUGCAACCCAGCUUUAUGAUAUGACACUUGACACUGGUUGGCACAGGGCCGCAUACUUUCUCUAAUAUAUUUUUAGGCCGUACGAUACAAUUUUAGGAGGGCAACAGAUUGCUAACGCAGUUACUCUGCCUCCUUAAGCCCUUCCGAAGCCAAUCAGUGAAGCACGGCAUUGACCCAAUAGAGGUAGGGUAGGCCCCUCGAACCAUCAACCUCACCCCAUGUGGAGUGGCUCGUGGACUGAGAAAUGGUUCGAGGUUUCGUUUUUGGCCCCAACUACGACAAAUGUGACUGCAGAUUGAAUUGGUGCAUAAUUGUUGUAAAUGUUGAAGCUAUGAUUGAAUUAUUUUUUGUUUUUUAACUUUGUGGAAAUGGAAAAUGAUUGAAGAAGAAAUCUCUAGUUCAUUGAUGGUAUAAAAAUAGUCCUUACAAUAUGUAAUACUAUCCUAA